CUUAAACGAUGAUAUGGUUCUUUUUAGCUGCUUAAAACAGAUUCAUAAUCCUUUCAAAUUCAUAGAUUUUGAAAUUCUGAAGCUAACCCUAGUAAUUUUAUUAAAAACUCAACCCGAAAGACCAAUCGGAGAGUCAGCAGAGGUUCACACAAGAAAUGAGUCCACAUUCUUCGGAAAACUAGAGAAGAAGGAGUAUAUUGGUUUUCUUUGGGCCAUUGCCAAAUCAUCCAGUGAUAAAAUUCCUGCAUCAAAAGGGAAAGGAAAAGGGUUUGCUUUAACAAUUGUUUUAUCCUCAGUAUCACCCAGAUAUAAGGCCAUAGUCUCUUUCCAAAACGCAGAACUAAUCUCAUUCCUUUUCUUUCCCCUUAGAGAUGAAUCAGAAUCUAUGAAAAUCAGCAAAGCAUUUGAGGAUUAAACUAGUGAGAGAGUCGUGUAAGCAGACACCUUUGAACUGCUAGCUGGCUGUAUCACGAGCUUGAAUUCUCAAACACUUUGCUAAUUUUGAGAUGUCAGAAUUUCAGCAAGACCUCUGAUGUAAUUAAUUAUAAGUCUCCAUAUUAUUAUACAAUUUAGUCUAAACCAGCCUGUGAAAGUUCAGGAUUCAUUAAACUCGCUCUUGAAACCUCUAUACCGAACUGUCGUCGACCCAAUGAGUCUUAAGCUCCAAAUCUGUAUACACUCUAUGGCUGAUCUCGUUGUCUUCUUCUAUGUAGACUCUUCCGCUCUAAAAUUUAGGCUUUUAGUCGCAUGUGAGGUUCUUACUAUGAGGAUUGAUAAAUCUGAAUUUUUAAGUGUAGUUUUACGGUUAGGCUAAAAGCAAGCUUCGUGAAGGGGGUUGAGUGGGGACUUACUUGGAAACUUGGCUAGGUUGAGUGCAUACUCGUAAGGACCUUCAGAAAGAUAAUAUCGCUUGUGUAACAAAUCCAGAAUUCCACUUCUAGCCCCAACUUGUUUGGGAUAAAAUAUUUCUAUAACAAAUGAAGGAAGGUCUACUCAUUAAGGAGGUAUCAAGCCCAGCAAAUAGAGCACUUAAACCAAAGUAG